AUGGUUUUGCUGUCGUUAAAUCGAUUAACCAUUGAUAAAUCCAGACCUGAUUUCAAUUAUGAAACAGACGAGGAUUUGAUUGAUAUUACAAAAGAAAUAUUUGCUUCCCUAGAGAGUAUUACCAACAAUAAAGUAGUCAAAUCUCCGUACUUUGAAUUAUUGGAAGGAACCAGAGCUUUGGAAGUUCUCAAUCCAAGAUUGGACACUGGAUUAAUAAAAUUAACACCGGAAGAAAUCACGUUUGAUUGUAGCAAACCACAAGAAGUAAAUGUCAUUAUCAAUAUUCAAACUAAGCUAUUAUCCAAUUUGGUAAACUGGUUAGAAAGUAAUAGUUUGCCUGUUACGGUGUUGAGUUGUCGAUAUGUUCAAACAUUAUUAGUCAAUUAUUUGAAUCAUGAAAAUUCCGGGCUAGGGAAAUUCUCAUUUUACAAUUCCAGAUUACCUGCAGUUGAUUAUCUGAAAGAUAAUUUAAAUUAUCAAUUUGUUCAUCGAGUAUUGAAAACGUUUACCAUGGGAUUAUGUAAGUUUAUUGGAUUUACUAUAUAUUUGUCAAGAACGGUAUUGUAUGAAGAAGAAGAUUUGAAUACCAAAUCGAUGAAUUUAAAUUUUUUUGAAGACAUAUCUCCUGUUUACUUUAUUGAAGAAAUCAAUGAUUGUAUUGAAUGGAUACUAAGUAACGAUGAGAUUAUUGAAGCUGAUACUUUGAUCACCCAAUUAAAAAUUGUUGCCAACUUGGUCAAAUUUGAAAAUACUUUCAAAACCACACAGCAUACAAGUUUUAUGGAUGGAAAGAAUGAUAUAGCAACUUCUGAUUCUAAAUUUGAUUUUUGUCUAGAUGCAAUUAAUCAAAUAACUAAAUUACAAAACGUCAAAUUUGAUGACACGGUUAUCCCAAUGGGUUCAUUCUCAAAAUUUAUUCAAGUUGAUUUAGUAAAUAAAAGCAUUCCUGAAAAAUUGACUAGCAUUGAUUUAGAAACUACUUGGGAUUGUUUAACUAAUAUUUUUAAAACUAUUCACAGAUUCACCAACCAAGCAAAUUCCAUCAAAUCAAUUAAUCAAUUAUACGAUUUUUUGCAUUAUAAUAUUAAAUUCCCCAUUGAAAAAUUUUCGGUGUUCGCUAGAGGGUUUUUCCAAUUGUAUUUUAUACGUGAUAACAAAUCAAUAUUUGGUUCAAAUAAUGUCAAUUUACCAAAUUUAGUUAUUGAUUGGAUUGAAAAUGUAAUUGGUAAAAGCACUAUUAUGUUAGGUAAAUUUGAAAAUAAUUUAUCCCAAAUUAAAGAUAAUGUCAAAGCAGAAAUUAUUAAAGUGCAUAAUGCAAAUCUCAAUGAUUUAGAAAGUGGCAUGUAUCAUUAUUUGACGACAUUUGCCAGUAAUCCUUGUCGACUGCAACAAUUAUUAUCCAAGGGGUUAGUUUUGUGGGACACUUUGCAAGUUGGUUGGGAAUCAUUUGAAUAUGAAAUGCAUAAAACAUAUGGUGUUGGUGAUGAGUUUGCCACUGGUGAGCUUAGUAUCAGUGUCACGUCCUACGUUUAUUUUGGUAAAAUGCAAUUGAUGUUAGAAUUAUUAUUGAAUGGACUUUCAUUGGAUCUUUAUAAACCAUUUGAAAUGUAUUUGAUCUAUUGGUAUGCAGAUUAUUUGAUUUUAAAUAUUAUUGAACAUUUAGAAAACAGAGUAUCACAGAUUUUAUUGGGGAAAAUCAAUCAUUUAGAAACCAAUAUUCCUAAAAAAAUCAAAAAAUUGAAAGCGGGACCUAAAAAAGAUCAAUUAAAGGAAAUCAAUUUAUAUAAUCAACAAGUGAUAAUUCCACAAUUAACUGCAACUUUAAAUUUUAAUCAAGAUUAUUUAAUCAAAUCAUUGAAAGCUAUGCGUAAUUUAACUCAAUGUCAAUUAAAAUAUCUUUCGGUAUUAUCGAAAUUACAAAUCAUUGACUACACAAAGGGACCCAUCAAUAAUCUCACAUCAAUGGAGAAUCUAUAUUAUCUUAGAAUGAAACCAUGGUCAUCAAUAGGAGUUCCAAUGUUCCCAACUUUUGAACAAUAUCAAUCUGUUUUAACUACUAAUACAGCACCUGGUCUGAACAAUAAAUUAACUUUAAUGAAAUGUCUUGAAUUGUUGGCAAGUGCAAAAAAUAAUCUUGUUGUUGUUGAAAAAGAAUAUCAUCAAUUGAUUGAUUAUAUUAAACGAGACACCAAAAAUAAUUUUUUACAAGAUUCAUUAAUUAUUACUUGGUAUGAAGAAUUGAUUUCUGCAAUUGAACAAUUAAAUGAUAAUAUAUCACAAAUUUCAAAGAUUAUUUCAUUAAAUAAAGAUGAUUUGAAAUUGAAAAAUAAAUAUAAAAUAAAUAUCACCCAAGGGUGUCAUAAAUAUUUCCCAAACAUUUCCAUUAUUCCAUGUAUAGGUAAGUAA